AUGUCCGAAAGCGACCUGCUUUUGCCAGAACAUCAGCAUUCCACUGUGGAACUUGACAUCAAGGCAGCCUACAAGCGCCAGUCACUUGAUGAUGCGCAAGACGUGGCCGUUGUCUCAGGAGCUAACCAGCAGGACGAAGAAGACCAUGAAUCCCAGGAUAACCAGCAAACAAUGGUCUUAGCGGAAGCUUUAUACCGUGACCAGGGCUCCAACAGUCAAGGUUGUUCUUCGCAUGACGGUGCAUUCGAAGACCUCAUUGUGACUUUCGACUCUACCAGCAUUGAGCAACCAUGGUAUAGAUCUCCCCAUCCUGCCGAGGCUUCGGGUCCAUCCACCAAAGAUGAAUUGCAGCUCCUGGGCAUGCCCAAAGAAGUGAGAGACAUCAUCUGGAAGCUUGUCAUGACCAAGAUGACAUCCGUCAAAGUGUGCUUCUCCAUGUUCAGCGAGAAUGACUCAUACUAUGACCGUGGCUACGGCGCACUUCGGAAAGGGUCCGUGGCUGGACUUACGUUCCCCGGGAAGUGCCCAAUGAGUCUCCUGUACGUCUGCCGCCAGACGUUCAACGAGGCGAUCCCAUUCCUCUAUGGGGAGAACCACUUUGUCAACUUCAAUGUGCGGGGCUUCAAUGGCUGCUUUGUCAAUGAUCCAGAUCAUGGCAUCGGUCGAGCCAAUGCUGCUCUCAUCAAGAGGGUAUCCCUCGGUAUUCCUGAGCCAGUGAAGCAAGAUCGGACCAACCACCUCCCAGGGUUUCUUGAUUUCAUUUGUUCGACACUGACAGGACUUGUCCACCUCGAGUUGAGCGUCAAGUUCGAAUCUUAUAACGAAAGUCCUGCAACACAUGAUCAGCAUCUAGAGUGGUGCGAGGAGCGACGAGCUCUCCUCCUGACUGCUGCGCAUCUCACCCAACGCCAUUCUAAUCUAAAGAAGGCUGUUUGGUGCUCCACAAGCGGAGGAUCUCUCGUCACUUUCUGGCAUGGCACAAAGAUGCAGGUCCGCCUUGCUGUCUUUCUUCUGCCUGCCGGACAAAGUGUUAACAUAGCAAGACCAAAUUCAACAUUGGACAUUGAGGCGAUUCCAAUCGUGACUGAUGAUAUUGUCUUGGACUGCCCAAAGAUCAGAGAGACAGAGUGGGACGGCCUUUUGAAUCAGCAAGCGACAGACUUUGCACUCGAUGAAGACGCAAAGGCUUCUGAGCCUGCAGCACAUGUGAAUACUUGA